UUGCUUUUAACUGGUUGUGUUUUGGGUACUUUCAUAAACACCUUUCGAAGAUUUAUUUUAUUUGUAGAAAGUUAAAGUGUGUCUAGUUUAAAGUUGCGUUGAAAGUGUACAGUGAUUUUUGCGAGCAAUGAAGAACUGCUGGAGUGUGGGUGAUUGAGCUGGCAGAAAUGGCGUCGAAACGUCCCUUUUCCGAAGAAGAUUUUACGUGCUCUGUUUGUUAUGACAUUUUCAGUGAUCCCGUGUUGCUCCAGUGUGGCCACAGUGUGUGUAGAGACUGUAUCCAACAGUACUGGACGACCAAAGGUUCAAGAGAAUGCCCGCUGUGCCGAAAAAGAUCCACCAUCAACCCUCCCGUUAACUUGUCUCUGAAAAACUUGUGUCAAACUUUUCUGGAUCACCGGGGCCCGUUAGAAAAGCUGUGCGAGGUUCACCGGGAGAGACUGAGUCUCUUCUGUCUGCAUGAUGAAGAGCUCAUGUGUGUGGUUUGCAGAGAAUCACAGCAACACAGAAAUCACCCGUGCCGUCCACUCAUUGAGAUCGCUGAGAAACGUAAGAGAGUUUUUCGCCGUGAACUUGAUCUCUUGGCUAGAAAAGUGAAGAUUAUACAAGAUGCCAAAUCUAAAUGCUAUCACCAGGUUGAGCACAUAUCUCACCAGCUUUGGCACACAGAGAAUAUCAUCAAGAAGGACUUUAAGCAUCUUCACCAGCUUCUGUAUGAUGAAGAAAAAGCCGCGCUUGCUGCACUUACUGAGGAAAAGAACCAGAAAACACAGCUCAUGAAAGACAAAAUUGAGAAGAUGGGUGAAGAAAUAUUAUCUCUGUCAAAAACUAUCAUUGAACUGACAGCUAAAUUAGAUAGUGGGGACAUCCAGUUCCUUCAGAGCUUUAAGGACAUGUUGGAGAGAGCCCAGAACAUGGAACAAAAACCACAAACAGAUGAAGGAGGACUCAUUGAUACCGCAAAAUACCUGGGCAAUUUGAAGUUCAAAGUGUGGUUGAAAAUAGGACAGUCUAUCAGUUACACUCCUGUGGUGCUCGACCCAAACACCGCUAACUCUCAACUUAUACUGUCUGAAGAUCUGACAUGUGUGAGGGACAGAGAUGAGCAAGAGGAGGAAGAGAGAAAUCAGCUUCCUGAUAACCCAGAGAGGUUUGAUAGGUGUCACUUUGUUCUGGGCUCUGUUGGGUAUUCCUCAGGGACACACAUUUGGGAUGUGGAUGUGGGAGACAGCACUUUCUGGAUGUUGGGUGUCACUACAGAGUCUGUUGAGAGAAAGGGAACCAACAGCUUGCCCAGCGAGGUCUGGUGCAUCGGUUAUGAUGGUGACACACUCAGUUUGAAGGCUCCUCAGGAGUCACGCAUCCCUUUCCUUGGGUGUGAGAAACCGAAGCGGGUGAGAGUGAAACUCGAUUUAGAUGAAGGACAGCUUUCAUUCUCAGAUCCUCCCAGCAAAACACAUUAUCACACAUUCACAACCCAUUACACGGAGAAGGUCUUUCCGUUCUUCUGCAAUCUGAGCAGCAUCUCUCCUUUAAGGAUUCUGCCUAUGGUCAAACUCUCUAAUUAAACGAGAUAUAAAGUCAGUUUAGAAGUUUUUGUAGGUUUGGCAUUAUGUCUUUGUGUCAGUUUGCAGUGUUUCUUAUCUACUUUGCUUUUGGCAGGAACACUGCAAAUUGACUGGGGAUUUAUCUUCUUACACUUUGACCCAGUGUUCUUGAAAUUUCUAAUUUUUUCCUUUUUGAAAAAUGAACUGUAAAAAUGUCAAAUGUAUCAGAGCUUUUUCUAUAAUGCUGAAUCUUUUGAUCAAUUUAUUUGGUUUUCAUUGUGAAUGAAUACAUUUUAUACAAAUAAAGUGCAUCAUUACUAGUAUAAAGUUCACCAUUAUGAAUCUUUUAUCAUUUUUAAUGCACCUCGUCUCUCUUGUUUGCAUGCUAGUGCCUGAACGACAUCUAUCAUUGUUACUAGUAACUGUUAGAAUAGGCAAUAUCUGAUGAAAACAGGAACAGAUACCCGAUACCAUAAUCCAGAUGCAACACUGAAUAGUUACUUGAAAAUCUUGGAAUACUAAUUAGUGACAAAGAAUUCAGUGUUACCAUUAUGUAUUAAAGUCCAUCCAUCCAUUCUCCAAAUGGGUUGUUUUGUAGGGUCAUGGAAAUUAAUAAGGAAUUUAAUUUCUUAUUUAAUUCCUUAUUUAACGGGGGUCAUUUACUUGUUUAAUGAAGCACAGUAUUGUUUUCAUACUUGGUGUUGUGAAGACAGAUAUCACUGACUG